AUGGAGAUUCGUAAAGGUGAGAAGUCGGGGAUUCUCAUCAUCAACGGUGCAGGAGGGGUAGGUUCAGUUGCAUCCCAGGUUGCGAGACGAGUUCUCGAGUUACCAGUCGUGGUGACAACCGCGAGUCGAGAUGAAACGGUGCAGUUCACCAAGACCAUGGGCGCAACACAUGUCGUCAACCAUCGGCAGCCUCUGGCGCCACAGAUCACAGACCUUCACCUGGAAUAUCCCAUCAAGUACAUCUUCAUUACAUCCAGGACUGAGCAGUAUUUCAAGGACUGCGGCAAGAUACUAUGCGCCCCGUUCGGAAAGGUCUGCAGUAUCGUCCAGACGGAAGAAAUGAACAAGAUGUACGGGACCGAGUUCAUGGCUAAGAGCCUCAGCUUCAUCUGGGAGUUGCUGGGCACCAAACCGUAUUACGGUGUAGACGUCAACAGCCACGGAAAUAUUUUGAAAGAACUCGCGUCACUCGUUGACACGGGCACCAUCAAGUCGCACUUACAGAACAGGUUGCCAUUGACUUUGGAAGGGGCCAGGGAAGGUCACAGUCUAGUCGAAGCAGGAAGCAGCAUUGGCAAAAACGGCUUGGGGAUUGAGGAAGGCGGAGUCGUCGGGAAUGCCUUUUCCUAG